UUUGAAACAGCUGGAGGCCUGAUUCUGCCUAUCUUCCUAUUCUAAUUAUCUUUUUAUCUAUUUAUCUAUUUAUCUCCAGUUUCACUUCUUUGUCCAAUGAUCCUCGCUGAUAACCGGGAAUUUUGGCCCGUCCUACACUGACGCGUCAGAUCUUUUCUUUGAUUCCAGACCAGCUUAAGCUCUCUCUCUCUCUCUCUCCUCCUGCUUUGUCUCUCUGUCUGUCUCCUCCUCUCCCAUCACUGUCAAUUCAUUUCCCUCUCCUCCUUCGUCUUCUUCGUCUCUGUCUCUGUCUCUGUCUCUGUCUCUCAAGAUGGGCCACGAAGACACGACAACCCCGCUGGCGGACGAGGUCCAGGUCGAUCCCAAGGCGCACGUCGUGCUGAUCCCCCAUCCCAGCAACGACCCGCGAGACCCUCUGAACUGGUCGUCGCAGAAGAAAUACCUGCUGCUCUCCGUGCUAUGUCUCGCCUCCUUUUCCGGCGCCGUCGCCCCCCUGGCCGGCCAGCUCAACCUCGCCCAGCAGAUGAAGCUCUACGGCAAGACCCAGGUGGAGGAGGCAUAUGCUAACUCCGCCGCUCUGGCCGGCAUGGCAGGAGGCCCCUUCUUCUUUGCCCCCGUCGCCCACCGGCUCGGCCGCUCCAGCGUCAUCUUCUGGUGCAUCCUGGGCGCCCUCGUGUGCCAGAUCUGGGCCGCCGAGAUGACCCGCAGCGACGACUACAUCGCCUACGUCCUCUCGCGCAUGUUUGCCGGCUUCUUCGGCGCCGUGCCCACCGUCGUCGGCCCCCGCGUCGUCACCGACUGUUUCUUCCUGCACCAGCGCGGCCGCGCCUUCACCGCGCUGCACAUGUCCUUUCUCUUCGGCACCAUCGCAGGCCCGACCUUCUCCGGCUUCAUCUCCGCCGACGCCCAUUUCCCCAUUGAGUUCUGGUGGACCGUCGCCCUACUGGGCGCCACCGCCAUCCUCGUCUUCCUCACCCUCGAGGAGACGGGCUUCGACCGUACCGACCUCGCCAGCAACCCGCCCAUCCCAACCGCCUGGCUGUCGAAUCGCUUGGCCACGUUCUUCUUUGGCCAGUCCAUCGUCCAGCCGACCACCUGGAAGGAGACGAUGCGGAUCGCCGCUCUCCCCUUCAUCAUCGGCGCUUGCCCCGUCACCAUCAUCAUGGGCACCUUCACGCUCAUCUCCUUCGGCUUCUACGUGGGGAUGAACGCCCUGGUGCCCGUGUGGCUGCAACGCUCCGUCGCCGAAGGCGGGUACGGCUUCUCGCUCAAGCAGAACGCCGCCUUCACCUUCUGCCACUGGAUCGGCAUCAUCGUGGUCGAGAUCGCAGGCCACUACGGCAACGACGCCAUCCCCUUGGCACUCGCCCGCCGCUUCAACAACGGCGUCUGGAAACCAGAGUACCGCCUCCACGUCCUCUGGCUGCCCAGCUUGAUCCUCAACCCCAUCGGCUUGGGCAUCUUCGGCGCCGCCCUCCAGUAUCAUCUGCACUACAUGGUUCUCGCCCUCGCCGUCUUCCUCGUCACCGUGGGCUCCCUCUCCUCCGUCCCCGUCACCGUCAACUACGUCGUCGAGUGUUUCACCCAUUACCCCGCCGAAGCCGGCAUCGUCAUCGGCGCCUACCGCAUCGCCUACGGCCUCACCAUCACCUUCUACAUCAACCCCUGGGUCGCCGCUGUCAAGGUCGGCUGGGUCUAUGGCAUGAUGGCCUUCUUUGCCGUGUUUUCCUUCUUCUUCGUCAUGCUUCUGAUGUGGAAGGGCCAUCGCAUCCGCCAGUGGCAGUUUGCCAGUGUUGCUUCUAGCGAGGAGGGAGAGAAGCUGCUUGACUAAUUCAUGGCUU